AUGGAGGGAACACCGCACCCAAUACCGCGUACCGUUGAAGAAGUUUUUAGUGAUUUCAAAGGCAGGCGUUCUGGUUUAAUCAAGGCUCUCACUACCGAUGUUGAGAAGUUUUACCAGCAGUGUGACCCUGGAUGUCUUGAGCUUUGUCUCUCUGUUGCUGUUGCUGUUGCUGUUACUGUUGCUGUGUUUUUUGGGCUAUGUACUGUUGUAAUGUGUGGCAGCAGUUGUGGUGAUAGUGGUAGGGGUGGUGUUAUGAUGGUGGAAGUGGGGGCAGUUUGGGUGGUAGCAGCAAUGAUAGUUCAGGAUAAGGAGAACUUGUGCCUAUAUGGACUUCCAAAUGAGACAUGGGAAGUUAACCUGCCUGUGGAGGAGGUGCCUCCUGAACUUCCUGAGCCAGCACUAGGUAUAAAUUUUGCUAGGGAUGGGAUGCAAGAGAAGGACUGGUUAUCCCUUGUUGCAGUUCACAGUGAUUCAUGGUUGCUUGCCGUUGCAUUUUAUUUUGGUGCACGUUUUGGGUUUGGUAAGAAUGAAAGGAAGAGGCUUUUCCAGAUGAUAAAUGAGCUCCCCACAAUAUUUGAGGUUGUGUCUGGAAAUGUUAAGCAACCUAAGGACCAAUCUGCUACUCACAACAACAGUGGCAAAAGCAAAUCAAGUGGGAAGAUGCAAUCCCGGCAACCUGAACCCCAGCCUAAGGCAGUAAAGUUGGCUGCACCACCCAAGGAAGAGUAUGAGAGUGGGGAAGAGGAAGAAGAAGACGAUGAACAGGGUGCUACUUGUGGAGCAUGUGGUGAAAGCUAUGGCACUGAUGAAUUCUGGAUUUGCUGUGAUAUGUGCGAGAAAUGGUUCCAUGGAAAAUGCGUCAAGAUUACACCUGCCAAAGCCGAGCAUAUCAAGCAGUACAAGUGCCCAAGUUGCAGCGGCAAGAGGGCUAGAGUUUAA